ACACAGUGUUCUCAUUUUUUUUAACAUUAUUAUAAAGGGAUAGAGUCGGAGAGAUGACCUCAAGGGAAACUUUGGAAAUAGAGACAACAGAAACCGGCAAAUCAUUUGGUUUUGAUGAUGAUGGUCGCCCAAAGAGAACUGGUAAAGAUCAAUUUUGUUCUUGAUGAUACUCUUCAUUUCGUUUUCUCCCUUUUCCAUUCUCAAUUUAUAUACCUCUGGCAUUUGUUGUAAACAAUCAUAGCGGAAACAGGAUGUUGGUAGGGGCUGUUAAUUCUGUUAUAGGGAUGUCAAUACUCAAUGGUCCAAUUGUUUGAGGAAAAAUUUAAAGACAAACAUCUAGAGAAAACUUAGGGGUGUCUGUGAUGUGGAUUAGAUUAUUAUUAUUAUUUUUUUUUUUUUGGUCAACAAAAAAUUAAUACAUUAAUCAAAAAGCAAACUAAUUACAUCCCAUAUAGGUCUUGGCAAAACCUCACAAAUUGCCCUUCAACUUUUUGAGUGUGUGGAACCUUACCCCUCACCUUAUAAUAUGUGAUUUUAUACCCUCCUGGCAUUCGAGUGUGUGAAACUUUACCCCUCACCUUACAAUAUGUGAUUUAAUAGCAAAAUAUUCGAGUUUAUGAUUUUAUACCCAUAUGACAUUCAAGUUUAUGAUGUCAUACCCUUUUAAAAUUGUAAAGUGAGGGGUAAAAUUCCACACACUCAAAAAAUUAAAGGGCAAUUUGUGGG